AAAGAAACGUCUGGCUACAAAUGGAGACUACAAAAAAUGGAUAGUGUCCCUAAAUGACUUCCUCUGUGAAUUCCACUCUAAAUUGGUGUCGCCAAUCAAGUAAAUAUUCACAAUCUUCCAAUCAAGAAGACUGUAGUUGAUUUCAUAUCAGCAAGUCCAUUGACUAACUAAACUGUAUUGCUCCGCCUAUUCCUUUCAUUUUCAAAAAUGCAUCUAUAAAUAUGGGUCUCGAACAUUCAUUUCCCUUCAUUUUCUAAUCAGCAACUAAGUCAAAAGAGAGUUGAAAUGGAAGCAGCCUAUCUUAAAAUCUACGACUAUUUCGAUGGUGACCCACUGCUUAUCUAUGUGAUAGGAGGUACCGUAAUCGUGAAUAUAAAUUUUUGGCUUUUCAAUCUUUUCUUCAUCACUAUUGAUAUGAUUGAUCCGAAAUGGGUUCAACCAUAUAAAAUUCAAGAUGAAAAGAAGCCACCAUUAUCAAAAUAUUUGGGUGCUUUUAAAGUCAUUUUGGCUAACCAAUUUAUCGCAGGACCUUUGAUCACAUUAUUUUGGUACUUUCCAGCAGUUUGGUUUGGAACUAGCUUCACUGGUCCACUCCCAUCUGGAUGGCAGAUAUUCCGUGAUAUAGUUAUUUCGAUUCUUUGCGAAGAAAUUGGAUUCUACUAUUCUCAUAGAUUAUUCCAUCACCCAAAAAUCUACAAAUACAUUCACAAGAAACAUCACGAAUGGACGGCGCCAGUUUCCAUCACUAGCAUUUAUUGUCAUCCACUGGAACAUGCCAUUUCUAACUUGAGUCCGGUUCUUUUAGGUCCAACUAUUUGCGGAAGUCAUGUGAUUACUCUCUGGAUUUGGGCUUCUAUUGCAAUUCUAUCAACUACUUGCUCACAUUCAGGGUAUCACUUCCCGUUUAUGCUGUCUCCAGAACCACAUGACUACCAUCAUAAAGUAUUCAAUGAGUGUUUCGGCACAGGACUUCUUGAUUGGAUUCACGGAACAGAUUCCACAUUCAGAAAGUCAAUUGAAGGAAAACGAAAUUAUAUGAGCUGGAGCAUGAAACCAAUUAAACAAAUUCACCCAGAACAACAGAAAGAAGAAUAAAUUGAAUUUAAUAUUCAAACAGAGCUUGUGUGUAUAAUGAUAAUCUAGACAAUACCGGUGACUGUAUCUCAAUAUUCACUUUAUUUAUUUCGUUUACAUUCUGAAUAAAACUAAUCUCCUAUGAUUUUU